UUAGAUUCGUUUCCCUGCUUUAAAUAAGACAGGCAUCCAUCAUCUGAAUUUCGAACUGCGAUUUUACUCAUUCAGCAAUUUGUUGCCUUUCAGACAAAUUUCCCUUUUCAAUUCCUCUAGGCUACUUCAUAAUGGCUAAAUCCUGUGCACUGUUGAGCUCAGUUCCUAAUGCCCAAAUGGCUAGUACCCAAAUGAAAUUGACUACACCCUUCAGAGUCUCAUGCUUAGUUCCCCGAAAUCAUGUUCAGAAGAAGAAAAAUUCAGCUAAAUUCGGCAUUGUGAGAUGUGAUGGAGGAUCUGCCACAGCAACUGCUGUUGAAGCGGAGUCAGAUGAUUUUGAUACCAAGACGUUUAGGAAGAACUUAACCAGAAGCAAGAAUUAUAACAGAAAAGGAUUUGGGCACAAGGAGGAGACACUGGCUCUAAUGGAUAAGGAAUUUCAAAGUGGCCUGGUAAAGACAUUGAAAGAAAACAACAAUGAAUGUACAUGGGGAGAUGUGACUGUAAAACUGGCUGAUGCCUAUGGAUUUUGCUGGGGUGUAGAGCGUGCAGUGCAAAUUACAUAUGAAGCAAAGAGGCAAUUCCCUGAUAAAAAGAUUUGGAUGACUAAUGAAAUAAUACACAACCCAACAGUUAAUCAGAAAUUUGAGGAGUUGGAGGUUAAAUAUAUUCCUGUAGAAAACAAGGAAAAAAAUCUGGAUGUUGUUGAUUCAGGAGAUGUAGUGGUUUUGCCAGCAUUUGGGGCAUCUGUAGACGAGAUGAAGGUUUUGAGUGAAAAAAAUAUACAGAUUGUUGACACAACCUGUCCAUGGGUGUCUAAGGUUUGGAAUACUGUUGAGAAGCACAAACAAGGGAGCUAUACCUCCAUCAUUCAUGGGAAAUAUUCUCAUGAAGAAACUGUUGCCACUGCCUCUUUUGCAGGAAAAUAUAUCAUCGUGAAGACCAUGAAAGAGGCAACAUAUGUCUGUGAUUACAUUCUCAAUGGCAAGCUGGACGGAUCCAGUGGAACUAAAGAAGAAUUACUUGAGAAAUUCAAGCAUGCUAUUUCUGAAGGAUUUGACCCAGAUGCAGACUUGGUAAAAUUGGGCAUUGCAAACCAGACAACAAUGCUGAAAGGAGAAACUGAGGAGAUAGGAAAACUAGUGGAAAAGACAAUGAUGCGUAAAUAUGGUGUCGAAUAUAUCAAUGAUCAUUUUAUAAGCUUCAACACUAUUUGUGAUGCUACUCAGGAAAGACAAGAUGCGAUGGAUAAAUUAGUAAAGGAGAAGGUUGAUCUUAUUUUGGUAGUUGGUGGAUGGAAUUCCAGCAACACAUCACACCUGCAAGAAAUAGGAGAGUUAAAUGGCAUCCCUUCAUAUUGGAUUGAUAGUGAGAAGCGGAUUGGACCUGGAAAUAAGAUUGCUUUCUUAUUGAAUCAUGGAGAAUUGGUGGAGAAAGACAACUGGCUGCCGAAAGGCCCUAUCACUAUUGGAAUCACAUCAGGUGCUUCAACCCCAGAUAAGGUUAUUGACAAUGUCCUAAAAAAGAUUUUUGAGAUGAAACAAGAAGAAGUUCUGCAAGUAUCAUAGAUUUAUCUACUUGGAGAGAGUUUCUAACUGUAGGCAUGCAUAUUUGGCAUUACAUAGAAAAUGUGAGCAGACUGGUGCUCCAUAAAAUCAAUGAAUGUUUUUAUAAGUAAAUGUUUUAUCUUUGUAACUUAGAAACCAUAUCUCCAAUUUGGAGGGUAUUAUUUCUACUCAGAUAUAUUUUCGAGUGGUUUUACAUAGCAAACACAUUGCUAGGAACCUGGUGUUAUUCAUGGGGUCCAAGAGAAGGUUUGAUUUGAUAAGAUGUGAAAAAAUAUCACAAACUCUUUCUGUGGAUUGGAUCAAUCUUUAAACAAAAUAUGUAAAUUAUUUGCAGUUAGUACUGGAUCAACCAAGUACGACUCAUUGUCAAACUACAGGAAUAGUACUAUUCGAAGUAAGAGUUAAUAUGUUCAGAUAAUAAUACUAGAGCUUUAUCUAGUUC